AAUAUUCAAAGUUUUUAGCUUAGCUCUUUCCAUUCAUGUUCCAAAGCACAUCACACUUUGCCCCCUUUUGUAGGCUAUUUCCUAUUACCACUCAUAUAUCAUUUAGAAAUAUCCACAAAUAAUAAUUUUCCCCCUUUCUAAUGGAUUUUCCACCACCGGAGUUUUUCGCCGGCGCCUCCGACGGAAGACCAUCUCCGACGAGGAGAGAACUACAAGGUCCCCGUCCAGCUCCUCUUAAAGUCAACAAAGAUUCCUACAAGAUCAAGAAACCUCCGGUUGCUCCUCCGCCACAUACCACCGCCGUAGCUCCGGCGGCAAUAACGACCCAAAACCCCCAAACGGUGAUUAUCUACGCCGUUUCACCGAAAGUCUAUCACACGACAGUUAGUGACUUCAUGAGUGUUGUACAAAGACUUACUGGAUCUACUUCUUCCUCGAUGGAAACAUCGACUUCCGGGUCGGGUUCCGGUGAUGGAAACUUAUCGCCGGCGGCGAAGUUGGCUUCUAUGGAAAAAGCGAGUAGUCCAUCUGCUGCUGUUCCUCCGGCUGCUGCUGCUAUGGAAACUUUUGAUUCGAUGGAUAUUUUGGAUAUUAUUGGAAAUUCAAGCGCAGAAAUGUGUCAGAUCCCGGGGAUUUUGUCACCGGCGCCGGCAACUUUACCACCGGUAUCUCCGCCGGGACUAUUUUCGCCGUUUCCGACGGAUCCAUUUAUGAUGAUGUUAAGUCCAAGUCCGUCAACGUUGUUUUCAGCUCCGUUGAUUUCACCGUCUCCGUCUGCUUCUGAUCUAUUCCAUCCAUUCUUUGACUUUUAAGGUAGACUUUUUUUAAUUUUUACUUCUUUUUUUUUUAAUGAGGUCCAAGUAAAAUUAAUGUAAGAUUAGAAUUUGAUGAGGUUAACUUUUUAUUUGCUCAUUAAACAUUGUUGUUUGUACAAUAAUGUAUAUUGCCACAUUUAGCGGGAUUCAAUGACAAUUGUAUCAUAGUUGAA